AUGCGAGGUUUCGUGGUUUUUGUGGCUCUCUUUUAUACCAACAUCGUUCUAGCAGCUCCCAUCACUUCGUGGGCGACUGUGACUGCUGUUACCAAUGCUGACGGUUCAUACUAUAACCCUACUCAGUCUGUUGUUGCCGGUGCAGAAACUGCCGGUGCAACUGUUGCUACUGCUGUCACUCCUGCCUCCGUUGCUACUUCCUCAGCUGCCUCAGCUGGUCUGACUUCUCUGAGUUCUGGUGGCUGGGUUGAUAUUCUCAAGAAUGCUUUGAGCCUGUUAAUUAAUGAUGAUGGCUCGUCAUCGACGACUUCAUCUUCAUCUGGCUCAGACUCUCUGUUCAGCUUCUCCUCACUUUUGAAGCUGCUCUUUGGCUCUUCCAGUUCGGACUCGACCCUGUCUUCUGACUUGACUACCACUGCUGUCGCCACCCAGACAACUUCAACAAUCCUUGCCUCGACUUUGCCUUCCACUACUAGUGCUGCUACCUCGACAAGCUCAUCGGGUAAUCUCUUAAUCGCUGCUUUGGGAGGCUCAGGCUCAUCGACAUCUUCAGCUUCAACUCUGACUCUGACUAAUGGUAUUUAUGAUGCUAUCUAUAACUCGAAUGAAGAAAUUGACGAGAGUUUCGCAAAGGAGAUUUUAGAUGCCCACAACAAGGUUAGAGCCCUCCAUGGUUCAGGACCAUUAUCUUGGGACAAUGGACCAUACAGCUACGCUAAAAAUAACGCUGACAAUUAUGAUUGUUCUGGAAUUCUCACGCAUACACAUGGACAAUACGGAGAGAACUUGGCAGCCGGAUUCAAGACCGGAACUUCUGCCCUCAUGGCUUGGUACGACGAAGGACAAACUUAUGACUACUCCAGUGCAAACACAUAUGAUCACUUCACUCAAGUGGUAUGGAAAGACUCUACGAAGGUCGGAUGUGCCUACAAAGACUGCACGUCUUCUGGUUGGGGCUUGUACAUUGUUUGUGAGUACGACCCAGUUGGAAACGUGAUUGGCCAAAACUCCGAGAAUGUUCUUCCACUUGUAUAG